AUGCACCCUCUCAAAUCUCCUGGCCCGGAUGAUGUCUUGAACAACGGGAAAGAACUGUCAGAGCUAAACCAUACUUUCAUUGGUCUUAUCCCUAAAUGCAAGAAUUCUAAGGUUCCCAAGGAUUUUUGGCCCAUAAGUAUGUGUAACGUGGUUAUGAAGUUAGUGACUAAAACUAUAGCAAACCACAUCAAACAUAUUCUGCCUGAUAUUAUUGACACUGAGCAAAGUACUUUAGUUGGAGGAAGGCUCAUUACUAAUAAUGCUCUUCUGGCUAUGGAGUGUUUCCAUUGGAUGAUAAAGAAGAAAGUAAGGAGGAAAGGAACCAUGGCCUUGGACCUUGACAUGUCUAAAGCAUAUGAUAGAUUGUAA